AUGUCUAUGAUAAGUGCUCUGCAGGAUGCUAGUCAGGGAGAGCAUGCUGAGCUAGUUAAAGAGUUACAGAAGAAUGUGGAGCAUAAGUUAGAAGCAGAAAAUAUUAAAUGGAGACAAAGAGUUAAGCAGCAUUGGUUGAAGAUGGGGGAUAGGAAUACAAAAUUCUUUCACAUGCAAGCCACUCAAAGGAGAAAGACUAAUGCCAUCAAAAGCAUUAGGGACCUGGAAGGCAAUGAGGUUUCAAAUCAGCAGCAGAUUGGAGAGACUUUUACCAAGUAUUUCUCUUCCCUAUUUACCACUUCUAACCCUUCACAAUUUGAUAAUUGUUUGUCUGGCUUAUAUACAAAGGUCUCUCCUAUUAUGAAUGAGUAUCUUUUGGCCAAGUUUACUGAGGAACAUGUGAAGCAGGCAGCUUUUCAAAUGAACCCAUUGGGCUCGCCAGGACCUUAUGGGUUUCCAACACAUUUCUAUCAAAGCCAUUGGGAGACAAUGGGGAAUGAUAUUACCAGGCUUAUUAGUGAUAAUCUCCUAGUGGCUUAUGAAGCUCUCCAUUUCAUGAACUCUAGGAUGAAGGGAAAAAUUGGAUUUAUGACACUCAAACUAGAUAUGAGCAAGGCUUAUGAUGAAGUUGAGUGGUCAUUCCUUGAAGCUAUUAUGCUCAAACUUGGGUUCUCUCAAAGAUGGUGCUCUAUGGUUUUGGAUUGUAUAACUUCUAUUUCCUAUUCCAUCUUGGUUAAUGGUAAGGCACAAGCCGGUUUCUCUCCUUCAAGGGGCUUGAGGAAGGGUGAUCCCCUUUCACCUUGCUUGUUUAUUUUGUGUGUUGAAGCCUUAUCUUCUUUAUUAUUCAAAGCUAAGCAACAUGGAGAUAUAACUUGUAUUCCUAUUGGGAAAGGUCCAAUUAGAAUCAAUCACAUGUUCUUUGUUGAUGACAACCUUCUUUUUUGCAAGGCCAAUGUGGUUGAAUGGUGUAAAAUCUCAUAG